GUUGCUGCCUAGGUACGUCACACAUGGGAGUUAGGGUUAGGCGGGGUAACCUUACGGCUGCCUACCUCUAGGCAGGCACGCUGCCAAACAACAACCUACCUGCCCGGGCAUAAUAAGUAGCUUGACUCCGCUGCCUGUGAAUCAGUUUUUCAAUCGUUUGAUUCAAGGAAUAUCAAGAUCCCUACCUACUCAUUACCAUCAAUCUUCCACCCGCAUCACAUAACCUCAUUCUCACAAUAAUACCCAAACUGAACCACCCGAACAGAGAAACCCCUAUCAACUCCAAGAUGCUACAGACCCCCAGAGCGAUCAGAGCGAUCUGCGGCUUCCACUAUGUUGACUCAUACUUGAGUGUCGUAUACUUGGCUCAGGUCUCACUAUCGGCCCACUGCACCAUCGUUGGCUCCACCAGCCGGACAACUCUCACCCAGACAUUCGUCAACCAUUCAAAGCAGAAUGUGUCCGAGCUUCGAUACACGUUCCCCAUCUACGAUGGCGUGUCGGUCGUUGGCUUUACGUGCACCAUCAACAAUGACCGCGUCAUUCGUGGAGUUGUGAAGGAGAGGGGCGAAGCCCGCACCGAUUACCAGGAAGCCCGCGAGCGCGGAGAGACGGCCGGCCUGCUCGAAGGCCUGCCCGCAUCAGCCGAUGUCUUUACCACAUCUGUCGCGAACGUGCCUGCCGGCGCCGAGAUCAAGGUCGAGCUCGUCUAUCUGGGCGAGCUGAAGCACGACGCCGAAGUAGAUGGCAUCCGAUUCACCAUCCCAACAGCAAUUGCUCCGCGCUACAGCGAGCUUCAGCUUCAGCAGACCUCCGCCAUCUCCACCAACGUCGCAGCCUUGGGCGGGAUCCACAUCGUCGUUGACGCUGAGAUGCCCUCCGGGUGCAACAUUAAGAACAUCCAGUCGCCGUCGCACCCCAUCUCGGUCACCCUCGGCAACACAUCUGCGGGCGAGGCUGCUGGCGCCGAGAUGUCGCUCCAGAAGGCAUCCGCGACCAUCUCGUUCUCCAAAGCCGAGCUCGACAAGGACUUCAUCCUGCAGGUGGUUGCGACCAACACGGGCGACCCGAUUGCCAUCCUCGAAACCCACCCCACGAUCCCAAACCAUCGAGCCCUGAUGGCGACGCUUGUGCCCAGGUUCAAUCUCCCGUCUAUCCGGCCCGAGGUCGUCUUCGUAUGCGACCGGUCUGGUUCCAUGGGCAUUGGGAACAAGAUACCAAACCUCAAGUCGGCGUUGCACAUCUUCCUCAAGUCGCUCCCCGUCGGUGUCAAGUUCAACAUCUGCUCAUUCGGCACGUCCCAUGAGUUCCUGUUCAAGUCCGGUUCCACGACGUACGACGCAGAGAGCCUCGAUAAGGCGAUGAAGUAUGUCGACAAGUUCGACGCGAAUUUCGGCGGUACUGAGAUGUACGAGCCGAUAGAGAAUGUCAUCAAGAAGCGAUAUAAAGACAUGCCUCUGCAGAUCGUCCUCUUGACUGACGGCGAGAUUUGGAACCAGGAGCGCCUGAUUACCAUGAUCAACAAGCAGGUGGGCGAGAGUCAAGGGGAGAUCCGAAUCUUCACCCUCGGAAUCGGAGAGAGUGUGAGCCAUUCGCUGAUCGAGGGCGUCGCCCGCGCCGGCAACGGCUUCUCCCAGGCGGUGGGAGGUAACGAGAAUAUGAGCACAAAGGUGGUGCGGAUGCUGAAGGCAUCCUUGACCCCGCUUGUCAAGGAUUACACACUGGAGGUCAAAUAUGGCAGCGACCCGGAGCAAGAUGCUGAUGACGAUUUCGAGAUCGUGGAGAAGGUCAUGGACACCCUCUCUAUCGACGUCCCCGAGACCCCAGUCAGUGACCAAGCGAUGCCAGAUGCGCCCAAGAAGCCCAUCUCGCUGUUUGACACCACCGUCGACCCCGACGUCGACAUGACCAACCCGUCACUUGACUCCACGGCCAAAGGGAAGUACUCGGCCGUGCCGCCGGUGCCCCAGCCCAAGCUCCUGCAAACCCCUUUCGACAUCCCCCCACUCUACCCAUUCAGUCGCACCACCAUCUACCUGCUCCUGUCCGCCGAGACGUCGCAGCGCACGCCCAAGUCCGUCGUCCUCCGCGGCACAUCGGUCCACGGCCCGCUGGAGCUCGAGAUCCCCGUCGCCGUGCUCCCCGCCAAGGGCGAGACUAUCCACCAGCUGGCCGCCCGGUCCGCCGUCCGCGAGCUCGAGGGCGGCCGCGGCUGGAUCUUCCACGCCAAGGACGCCGCCGCCGCCGCCGACGGCGCCCUGCUCCGGGACCGGUACCCGGGCCGCUUUCCCGACAUGGUCGAGCGCGCCGCCGUGCACCUGGGCGUGCAGUUCGGCGUCGCCGGCCGGUGGUGCAGCUUCGUCGCCGUCGGGGACAAGGACGACGACGAGCGGCCCGCCGGUGACGCCGCGCAGGAUCCCGGCCACCUCAUCCGGGUCCCUGUCCCCGCCAGCGCCUUCCCCCGCAGCCGCAGACCCGGCCCCUCCCUUGACGGCGCCUUCGGCGGCGGCGGCGGCGGCGGCGGCGUCCUCUUCGCCGCCGCUUCUGCCGGGGUCGACACGCGCUCCUCCUCCUCCUCCUCUCACGCCGGCCUCUCCCGGCCCUACGCGUCGGCUGGCCCAAGAAUGAAGAAGCUGCAGCAGAACGCCCAGAUGAUGGUGAUGCGGCCGCCGCCGCCGCCCGCGCCGGCCAUACGGAUGCCCCAGGGAUUCGGUGGUAUGUUCGAUGAUGGCGGGAGCAGCCGGGGCUAUCCCGCGGACAGGCACGACGACAACGACUCGGGUAUGGCCGAGGGCGACGGCGGCCCUGUCGCCGUCGGGUUCGACGCCAUCGUGGCGCGGCAGUCCUUCGACGGCUCCUGGGCGUGGGACGAGGCCCUCCUCCGCGCCAUGGGGAUUGAGCCGGCGGCGAUGCGCGCGGGGCUGCGCGGCGAGGGGGAGCUGGAGCGCCUGCUGGGGUCUCAGCCGGCCGGGCUGGCGACGGCGGUGGUCCUUGCGUUCCUGGAGUCGGAGCUCGCCGACCGGAAGGGGGAGUGGGAGAUGCUGGCCGAGAAGGCGGUGGCGUGGUUGGACGGCGUCGUCGCGGCCGGCAACGUCCCCGCCGCCGACUAUGUGGCGAUGGCGAAGAAGGUGCUGGCGAGUCUCUAG